AUGGAGAAGCAUAAUGAUCCCAAUUUGAGGUUCAAUAAGCUUUCCCAGCAGGAGAUGGGUCUGGUCCAGCCUGUCCCUGUGCCAAGCACCCAGACCAGGGGACAGUGGUCCAGCAAGCUGGAGUUCCUCCUGGCUGUGGCCGGACAGAUCGUAGGCUUGGGGAAUGUAUGGAGGUUCCCAUAUCUGUGCUACAAAAAUGGAGGAGGGGUGUUCUUCAUCCCUUAUGUGCUCUUUCUGUUCACCUGUGGCAUUCCACUCUUUCUCCUGGAGACCUCCUUGGGCCAGUACACCACGCAGGGCAGCAUCACCUGCUGGAGGAAGAUCUGCCCCCUGUUUGAAGGACUGGGUUAUGGUAGUCAGGUGGUGGUUCUAUAUUCCAGCAUCUAUUACAUCAUCAUUCUAGCCUGGGCCUUCUUCUACCUCUUCUCCUCAUUCAGCUCUGAGCUCCCCUGGGCCAGUUGUAGAAACAGCUGGAACACAGCAACCUGCAUGGAGUUUGAUAGAAGAGUAGUGGGACAUCUAAAUUGGACAGUAGCAGGAAACGCAACGUCGCCAGUGAGAGAGUUCUGGGAGAGAAGAGUUUUGAAUCUCACAGACAGUCCAAACAAGCUAGGCAGUGUUCGCUGGGAGCUGGCUCUGUGUCUUCUACUGUCAUGGAUUCUCUGUUACUUCUGUGUUUGGAAAGGAGUGAAGUCUACUGGGAAGGUGGUCUACUUCACUGCCACCUUCCCCUAUCUGAUGCUGGUGGUGUUGCUGGUCCGUGGACUCACACUGCCGGGGGCAAUAGAUGGUAUCAAGUUCUACCUCUACCCAGACCCAGCCCGCCUCACGGACCCACAGGUGUGGAUGGAUGCUGGAACACAAAUCUUCUUUUCCUAUGCUAUCUGCCUCGGCUGUCUGACUGCUCUUGGCAGCUACAACAAAUAUGACAACAACUGUUACAAGGACUGUGUGUACCUGUGCCUGUUGAACAGUGGAACCAGCUUUGUGGCCGGUUUUGCGAUCUUCUCUGUUCUGGGCUUCAUGGCUUAUGAACAAGGGACAGACAUCUCAACGGUGGCCGAAUCAGGUCCUGGCCUGGCAUUCAUCGCCUACCCUCGUGCCGUGGCCAUGAUGCCAUUACCCCAGCUUUGGGCCAUCUUCUUCUUCAUCAUGAUAAUCCUACUGGGGUUAGACAGUGAGUUUGUAGGUCUGGAGGCUUUGGUGACAGCCAUCUCAGACAUGAAUCCCCCCUUCUUCCUGGUUGGCCAUCGGCGUAAAAUCCUCCUCCUCAUCAUCAGUGUGGGUAGCUUCUUCAUCGGCCUGGUCAUGGUCACAGAGGGAGGCCUGUAUAUCUUCCAGCUGUUUGAUUACUAUGCCUGCAGUGGGAUGACUCUGCUUCUCUUCGCUAUACUACAGUCAGUGUGUAUCAGCUGGGUUUAUGGUGCAGACCGUCUGUACAGUAAUAUAGAAGACAUGAUUGGUUAUCGACCAUUACCCGUCAUUAAGUACUGUUUGAAGUAUGUCACUCCAGUCAUCUGCACUGCUACAUUUGUCUUCUCCUUGAUAAAGUUUUCCCCACUGAAGUUCAACAACACCUUUCAGUAUCCUUGGUGGGGUUCCGCCGUUGGCUGGUGGUUCACUCUCUCCUCCACCCUCAUGGUUCCUCUAUGGAUGGUGUACAUCGUGAGCGUCACUCCUGGUACACUGCGACAGAGACUGUCCAUCCUCACCACACCGUCAAAGGAUCUCCCCAUGACCAAGGCCCAGAAGAUUUCCCUCCUGGCCAAGCAGUCAGAGCAGGACAGACCCCUGGGGGACAUGGAGAUACCAGCCUGGGGCCACAACCUCCUAGACAGAGACACUGGCCCCCUGUAGAGACACUGGCCCCCUCUCUCAGCCACCAUCCCUAUAGGACUAGAGAUAAGCAGGUCCAGC